ACUGGUUUACUUUAUUCUCAUGCUUCUCUCAAUACACACAACCUUCUAACAAAUCACCACAUCAGCAAGAUAACCUUUGAACCAAGAAUGGCCACUACCUUAGCAGAGUUUGAAGCAAAAGUUUUGUUGGAUCAAACACUAUCAACUAACCAUAAGAGCAUUAUAAUACCAAUAGAACUUCAAGAAAAGGAGGAUAGCCUGCCAACAAACAGAUUUAACAAGCUUUUCAAAUUGUUGAUCAUAUAUUGUCUGGUGCUUCUAGUUUACCCUGUCUAUCUAGGAUAUGCCAUAUAUUGGCAUAAUAUUAAUUCCAUUAAUAUCAGCUGGUGUGAAGGUUUAGGGUUUCUCUUAGUUGUAAGCACACUUGUCUAUACUUGCCUGUGUUAUUCUUUUGUACUAUCUCCUCUUGUGGAUCAUAUUUCGUUUGAUAUUAGAUUUCCUGGAAGUAUGGAGAAAGUGAUACAAAGCAACGAAGUGAGAUGUGCAGUUUCCAGUAUUAUUAUCUUAGGCUGUAUUAUCUUCCUAAUUAUCGAUACUCAAGAUGACAGAUAUAGACUUGUGUCAGCUGGGGGGAUACUCUUGAUAAUUCUAUUUGGAUUUGCAUUCUCAGCAAAUAGGAAGAAAAUAGUUUGGAGACAUGUAAUCUGGGGAAUUUUCCUCCAAAUAAUAUUUGGAAUUCUGAUAAUGCGUUGGGAUUCUGGAAGAGAUUUUAUCAACUGUAUUGGAUCUAAAGUGGACACAUUUCUUGGGUUCACAGAUUCAGGAUCAUCUUUUGUAUUUGGUUACCUUGUUGAUCAAAAACCAUUUCUGCCAACAAAAUUGGAAAAUGGGUCUCUAGCAAAAUUAGUUGCAGAAGAGAUUAAUAACAGCACUGCGGUUAAAAACAUUGUUGUCUUCAAGGCUCUCUCCACUGUUUAUUUUUUUAGUUUUUUGACAUCUAUGCUGAACUACUGGGGUAUUCUUCAAUGGUUUGUUCAAAAGAUUGGUUGGCUACUUCAAACUACAAUUGGUACAACAGCUUGUGAAUCAUUGAGUGCAUCAGCAAAUAUUUUUCUUGGACAGGCCACUACACCAUUUAUCAUUAAACCAUACCUGGGCCAAUUAACCCUAUCAGAAAUUCAUGCUGUAAUGACAGGUGGAUUUGCUACAAUAGCUGGUACAGUGCUAGCUGCAUACAUUAGUCUUGGAGUCUCUUCUGCUCAUCUAUUGUCAGCAUCAAUGAUGUCAGCCCCAGCUGCUUUGGCAUUUGCCAAAUUGUUCUAUCCUGAAAAGGAAACAUCAAGAACAAAAUCUGAUAAAAUUUCGAUUAAGCCACCAUCAGAAGUAAAUGUGCUUGAUGCAGCUACACAAGGUGCCUCUUCAGCAGGCCUAUUGGUAGUUAACAUCACUGCUAUUGUGAUUGCAUUUAUAGCAUUUAUGUCCUUUAUAAACAGCUUGUUUGAGUUUUUUGGUGAUCAGGUUGGUAUCCAUAAUUUAACGUUUGAUUCAAUACUGGGGAAAUUAUUUAUACCAUUAUCCCUUUCAAUGGGAGUUGAAUGGAAUGAUUGUGAAAAGAUUGCUAAACUAAUUGGGGUAAAAGUGGUUCUUAAUGAGUUCAUAGCAUAUAGAGAACUUGGAUUGCUGAUCCAAAAUGAAGAGCUAUCUCCAAGAUCUGCUGUGAUAGCAACCUAUGCUCUAUGUGGGUUUGCCAACCCAGCUAGUAUAGGGAUUCAACUUGCAACACUCAACUCUUUGGCACCCCAAAGACAAGCAGACUUUGCCCGGGUAGUGUUUCGAGCAUUUAUAUCUGGAAAUGCAGCUUGUUUCUUGACUGCAUGUAUUGCAGGAACCUUGUACAAUGAAUUCACAUAUGUUCAACUAUAACAAACUGCAGUUAUCAAUUGUCAUAUAGUAAAGCAAUAAAAUAGUUCAAAUAUUAUUUGUUAAAGUAUAUGAUAAUGAACUGUAUUGAAUUUGUAUGUUAAAAUAAAA